AUUACAUUUAUUGAGCUUCUCCAAUAAAUCUGAUGAAUCGUGGUGUUGUAGCGCUGGUAACGGGUGGAGCCUCCGGUCUGGGCCUAGCUACAGUCAGACAUGUCAUCAAGACAGGUGGUAAAGCGCUCAUAGCUGAUCUACCUGGAUCCAAAGGGUCUACUAUUGCACAGGAAAUGUCAGACAAUUGCAGGUUCUCCCCCGUUGAUGUGACGGACGAGGCGAGUGUAAGAUCUGCCCUGGAGAUGGCAGCUAGCGAACUUGGUCCUAUCACUGCUGCUGUCAGCUGUGCUGGUAUCGCCACUGCUGGCCUCACCUUCUCCAAAAGAGGGCCAGGGUCGCUAGAUGACUUUCAGAGAACAAUUAAUGUGAACCUGGUGGGUACCUACAACGUGUGUAGACUCGCUGCUGAAGCAAUGUCAGCUCAGGAACCUUAUAAUGAGAGUGGAGAAAGAGGAGUUUUAAUCAACACAGCCAGCGUAGCCGCCUUUGAAGGGCAGCGAGGACAAGCGGCGUAUGCUGCCAGUAAAGGCGGUGUUCGUGCACUGACAAUAGUCUUGGCAAGAGAUCUCGCUGCGUUUGGUAUCAGAGCUUGCACCAUCGCACCAGGUAUUAUCCUGACACCCAUGAUGGCAGGAAUGAGGGAUGAUAUUAAAGAAUCCCUUGCUGCUGGGGUGCCUUUUCCUAAACGCCUCGGGCAUCCUGAGGAAUAUGGCGCCCUUGCUCAUCAUAUCAUGACUAAUGGAUACCUCAAUGGAGAAACUAUUCGCAUGGAUGGAGCUCUCAGAAUGACUUAAUUAAGCUGAAGAAUUACUUGAAGUUGCGUGACCCAGUAGUAUGAUGGACUGUUUAGGAUUCAGCACUUUUAGGAUAGUUUACAAUGAUUUAUAGAUAUUUUAUAUUGUAUUAUAUAAUAAGGCUUCGUGAUUUCUUAGGGUUUAAAGACGUUAAUUUUGCGUUACUUUAAUUUCGUUCUCAGAAGCUUUUAUGCGCUUUUAUGUAAUCAAGUUUAUAAAUUUGUUCUAAUCGUUUUUGUUUGUAUUCUAACUUAUUAAAUUCAUUCCAAAAA